AUGGCCCGACUUGAGCAGAAUCAAAGCCUUUUUCUCGACAGCCUGCAGCUGCUGGAUAAGAGAAACGGCACCACCCCUGACUUUCUUCGCCGUCAGGCGCCAGUAUUUCCAUCGCUUGAGAGGAAGUUUUCGUGGUCACAGUCCACAGUACCGCCCAGUCCUCCUGAGGAGAUACAGAGCGAUGGCGAACCGCCCGUUGCGGCUCAGAAGAACCCGUACAUCUGCCAACGCUGUGGCUUCCAUAAUAGCAGUAACGGCGAGACGUUUAGCCAGCCUGCUCCCACUCCACCCUCCCCCAGUCCGCCUACUCGCACCCCGCCCACUCCCCCCAGCAUACCCAGCAUACCAUCCGCCUCAAUUCGAAGAAAAACUCUUCCCCAACCCGCCUUGGUGCCCCUAGAGCAUCCACCCCCUGCAUUUGCACCACCACCACUACCGCCGCCGCCUCCGCAGAAUUCAUACCCAAUGCGGCCCCAACUGAGGCAGUCGAGGUACUACGCCACUCUCCCCCAGCUCUUAGAGCCUCCUGAACUUCCCCAGAGUUCCCCUCCCCGGGGCUCCCUCUACAUGACGUCGCGGUCCAUGACCGACCUCCUACCUACCGCCCAAAGCAGCGGCGUAGCGACACCCUUUUCAGAUCGCUCAUCGCAAUACUUUCCGAGUGCACAACCGUCGCCGACGCGGACCCAGACGAUGACUUCGGAUAGCUACUACCAGGGGCCGUUUGGACGCAAGAAACUAGUGCGACGGCGCACAGACUUACGCACGGCGGCAGUGCCGGCACCAAGUAUAAAACGGAAUCCAACCAUGUUAGUGAGGGGGUUGACAAAUAUGUUCAAGGCACGGAAGGAUGCAGAGCAGUAUUCCGCGGAAUCCUAG